ACGUAGUUUAUCGUAUCUCUUUUUCUCUGUCAAAACAGAGCGCAUCUCCUCCCAACCCUUCUUUUAACCCUGCCACCGUCGUCGGUGGCGUCGCCUUUUCAAUCCUCCAUUCCGAAUUCGGAAAGCUCAAUGGAAGCACAAAAGUUUGUAUGGGAAGGAGCAAUUCCUCUUCAGAUCCAUCUCCACGAAUCCCAAGUCACCGCUCUGCCCCCUCCUCCUCCUGCUCUGAUCUUAGCUCCGCGGAUCGGAUACCUGCCGCUGUUAGCGCCUUUGAUUAAGCCUUAUUUUAGCAGCACACUCCCUCCCGGGGUUGAUACCAUUUGGUUCGAUUACAAUGGCCUCCCUCUCAAAUGGUACAUACCAACUGGAGUUCUUUUCGAUCUUCUUUGCCCCGAGCCUGAAAGGCCUUGGAAUAUCACUGUCCAUUUUAGAGGAUUUCCCGGAAAUGUAUUGAUACCGUGUGAAGGGGAAGAUUGUGUAAAGUGGAGCUUUAUAAAUUCAUUGAAAGAGGCAGCAUACAUAAUGAAUGGAAAUUGCAAGAAUGUUAUGAACAUGUCUCAGUCUGAUCAGCUGGAGCUUUGGAAUUCUAUCAUGAAUGGUAAUUUGGAAGCCUACCAACGAGUCUCAUCUAAGCAUAAACUUUCAACAGUUGACGAUGAGUAUACAAGUUUGUGCUUGCCUAAAGCUCAACAAUCCCUUGGAGAAACCAAUUUGACUGCUCAAGUCAAGACAGAUAAAUGCUUCACUUUACGUGAUGCUUUGAAGAUCCUUCUGCCAGAAUUAUUUUCGGAUGAGUCCUUAACGAAUGUAAAAUUAAGUGGAGUAGAUUUUGAGGAUGCAGUUAGAAAUCCCAAUGAAGAUGUGAGCAGUGAUAAAGUACUGGAAGACCAGGGACAAAGAUCAUAUAAAAACCCAGAGGCUGGCAACAUUUCCAAUAGUGCUGAAAUCAAGCUUAUCCGAAUUCAGGGUAUCGAACCGAAGCUAGAGAUACCCUUUUCUUGGGUGGCAAACAAUUUAAUAAAUCCGGAUUAUUUCCUUCACAUCUGUGUCUAUGUCAAAGUUGGCCAAUAAAAUCCCAGAUUUACAUUUGGACAUGUUUUCCCUUUGUGACGAGAAGGUUACGGCCUCAA